AAAACAGCGUCGCGUCGGCGCCGCGGCGGAAGCAACGGGAUGAUGGCAGCUGUUCAUCCUCAGGCUAACGCGUAAACUAGUAGCCGCUCUCCCGACGUGGCACUCUGGGUCAGAAACGUGUUAACUGCUUCGAGGCUUCAGUUUGUGUCCACUGGUCCAGAAUUGGUCUGUUUUAGCCGCCGUGAGGCGCUUUAACCCACUUUGAGGAGCCGCUGAGACCUGCUGCUAUUUCUGCCUCCAGGACGACCUGCUGAAGAUGACCCACAGGGAGAACUGGAAGCUGCAGCACGAGCGCCUGCACCUGAAGCACCGCGGCCACGAGGCCAUGCACGCCGAGAUGGUGAUGAUCCUCAUCGCCACGCUGGUGGUGGCGCAGAUCCUGCUGGUGCAGUGGAAGCAGCGGCACCACCGCUCUUACAACCUGGUGACUCUGGUCCAGAUGUGGGUGGUUCCUCUGUAUUUCACCCUCAAACUGUACUGGUGGAGGUUUCUGUCCAUGUGGGGGGUGUUCUCCGUGGUCACCAGCUACGUCAUCUUCAGAGCGACCCGCAAGCCGCUGUCCUGCAGGACGCCCAGAAUGGUCUACAAGUGGUUCCUGCUGAUCUACAAGCUGAGUUAUGCCGUUGGGGUUCUGGGUUACCUGGCCAUCAUGUUCACCAUGUUCGGCUUCAACGUUUUCUUCAGGAUAAAGGCAGAGGACUCCAUGGACGUGGGCGUGGUCAUGCUGUUUUACGGUCUGUACUACGGCGUCAUGGGGAGGGACUUUGCUGAGAUCUGCUCCGACUACAUGGCCUCCACGAUCGGGUACUACAGUAAGGGAGGCAUGCCCAGCAGGAGCCUCUCCAGCGACAUCUGUGCGGUGUGUGGUCAGAGGAUCCUGGUGGACGUGGAGGAGGAAGGCUUCAUCGAAGACACCUACCAGCUCUCCUGCGGACACAUAUUCCAUGAGUUCUGCAUCCGUGGCUGGUGCAUUGUGGGUAAGAAACAGACGUGUCCGUACUGCAACGAGAAGGUGGACCUGAAGAGGAUGAUGAACAACCCCUGGGAGAAGACCCACGUCCUGUACGGUCAGCUGCUGGACUGGCUCAGGUAUUUGGUGGCCUGGCAGCCCAUCAUCAUCGGCGUGGUCCACGGGAUCAACUUCUCCCUGGGCCUGGAGUAGAGCCCUGAGGAACACCGCUGUGACUGUCCGGCGUUGGAGUGAGCUCUAUAGGACGCUGAUUCCCGGUGCUGUUAGUGUGGAUGCCGACGUUUCCUCUGGUGGAUUACCCAGAAUCCCCCAGGUUUCAGGAUUCUGCCAAAGUAAAGAGAAACUUUCCGGGCUGAAACUGUUUUUCUUCGGGCUGAUGCCCUUCGUGUGUUUUUGUUUGCUCGCUCCAUCUGCAGAAGUUCUCUUAUUUUUCAUGAACCGUCACGUUUUUUUGCCAACCUUUGAUAAACGAAGUCGGACUGAAAAACGGUCACAUGAUCAGACAGCUUUACACGUUAUGAAGGUUUCUUUAGUGUUAUGCUAUAAUUUUAUUCAUAUCACGUCUGUUUUAGGGCUAAUUUAUUGUUUGAAAUGCUUUACGUGUCAUCAGCGGUGGGGAAAAAAAGAUUUGUUUUUAACCAUUGUUGUAUUUAAUAAAACUUUGAAAUUAUUA